UGACGCGAGUCCGAAAACUAGAAUCCCAUCCUCCCUCUCAAUCUCUGUAUAUUGUGGAUCCCUGCCAUGGUGAGAAUGGUGUCUAUACUAUUACGACGGCCGAGUAAAGACAAAUAAAUAAAUAAAAUGGCAGCACGAAUAUCUGCCAAUUAGGAGUAGAUUUCAUACCGCACACAUAUUGCUAGCGAAUAUGUGUGGGGCAGGGUCUUUGCGUGCAUUUGUAUGCUCAUACUGUAUAUAUGUUUGCCCGUCUAAGCAUUUGUAGAUGUGAAUUUUGCGUGUGGUCCCUGUGGGGUGCAUGUGGGUAAAUGUGUAAGGUUGACCUGAGAUAUAGACGAGUGUAGAUUUAAGUGUAGGGUCGUGGCUGGUAUUGGAGGAAACGAUUGAUAAGCUUUUUUUGUGUGUGCGCGCGUGCGCUAAAUACUGAACAACAGGUAUCAUUAUCUAUAUUUUUAAAUCAUUAGAAGUUUGAUUAGGUCGCGUGGUUAGCGCGUUUCAUGGCUCCUGUUAGCUGGAGUUUACCAACAUGGGUAAAUGUUGAUUUGCCCCGUGUUCAGUCUAGCAUCAUGCCUCCCUCUAAAGCUGCUUGUUAAACCGUCGUGGUUAGCCCGAGAAUGAAAGGCGAUUCCUGCCAAGGAAGUAUUACCAGCAUCCAUAGGGUAAAACUGACCGGAUUAUAAUCUGUAAUUGCACGCUAGAACUUCACUCAUAAAAUUUCGGUCACGGAAACUGAGACGCCACGGAAACCGAGACUACUAAAGUAAAUGAAGGUGCGGGUGUGAUUAACUGUGUAUAUAACGACAGACACAGUGGUUGCUAGGAGUCAGCAGAGAAAAAUGACGCGACUCUGAACCAUGAAAUUAGGAACAUCUAAAGUUAAAAUUUAUACGAUUAUCACCGUCGUCGUGUAUCAACUUCCCUAACGACUUAUUCAGAAGGACAGGCGGCGGUGUUACGACGUACAGGGGAAACUCCAUGCCUUAUUCGGCGCCACCUCCUUGUGGGGAGCAUUAAUGAGCUUCAGUAACGUCUGAAGAAAAUUCCGUUAAGGAUCAAAGCGGUAAUUGUAUCUGAGACGGCUUUGCACAGUGAAAUGUGAAGAGCGAUGGAGCGGAGUUUACCUCGGCGUUUGUCACGUACAACAGCCUUAAAAGAUAACUGUCGAAUGUUUAAGUUAACAAUUGAGAACAGAGGUAAAGCGUAUCAAAAGAAGAAACAGUAGACGAUAGCCAUAGUGCAAGCGUCAUGCCGGGCUGCACAGGUACCCUCCUCGGCCAGGUAUUAUGACGGCGGCGGCGACGCGUUCAAAUCCUCGCGGUUGGCGGCCAACGCCCGUCCCGCCGCCGCGUGGCUGCCACAUCUCCGUUCCCUUACUUCGGGUCAGGACUUAUCGAAUUUCGAUUGUGUUGAUUCUUAUAAAGAAUCAACGCGCUUAUGGAGCCUGUUUUGGCAUUAUGUAUGCUUUAGUGGCUUUGUAGAAAUCUAUGUAUUGAAUCAAAAGUCAGCCACGUACACGUAUUCCUUGUGCAAAAUAUUACUAUAAAGAAUACUAGGCUUUUGGCAUUUUUGUGGUGACACUCAUUUGUUCUCCAUCGCAAAAAUGAUUCGAGAUCCAAUAUAUAGAAAAAAAAUUUCCGCGACAAGACGGCUAUUUUCAAAAGUUUCUAGCCCGCCCAGGAACCGCCACACCCUCCCUUCCCAGGUGAGUCACAGGUAAGGGGCCCGAGCGAGGCUAGACAGGUACGCGAUACACCCAACACAACAUGCAUUCCGCAUGGAGAGGCGACUCCUGUUUGUUUUCCGGAACUUUGUGCUUCUGAGGACUUCUGAGUGGAAGGCCAUUUCCUAGGCGGUGGUGGCGGUAACGGAAAAGUGGAGUGAUACUCGAAAGUGGAGAGAUCCCGGAAAGUAAUAAGAACGAUGUAGGUGAUUGUGUGAAGGAGAAAUGCGGCCGAAGAAAUCGAGGAACGUUGUGUAGAGGCACCUCAAGUGUUGCUGUGAAAGAACAGUAGUAGGAGUCGGAAUUAUUGGUCGAUGUGGAGAACGACCGUGACCGUUUGCUUUUGCGAGACUUUGGCGGGAACUCUCCCUGAGCGAGUAGGGUGUGGCGAAAGUGCAGGCACCUCUGGCUUCUUCUCUGCUUGCCCAGCUGAUUCACCACAACAAGGAUGGUGGUGCCCCCGAGAGACCGUCGCACCACGGCAGGGUGGUGGGCCAUCGGCUUCCACGUCCUGGCCUUCGUCCUUAUUUCCAUCAGUAUGUUCACAACCUAUUGGCUCCAGGCCGAGAACAAGGCCUAUGGCACGGCCGUGGAGAGCGUGGGCUUGUGGACGCAGUGCUUCAGGUCUUACACCACGCGAGAGGACGUGCAUAAGGAGCGCUUCUUUGUAGGGUGUCGCUGGAUCUUCGACCCCUUCACUACGGGGUACGAGGACGUCCAGGGAGACUUGCAGUCACGUGAGUCUUUCUCAUUCUUCGUCACAGUCCAGGUCUUCUACACCUUCUGCUUCACGUUGUCGCUGCUUGGCGCUGGUCUCACGGGUGUUCUCAUCCUUUGUCCUGGUGAAGAUUUUGAGAAAUAUGUCUUGAAGCUGGCCUACAUUGACCUCUUCAUCUCAUGGUUCUUUGGCUUUAUUGCCGUGAUAGUCUUUGGAGCUAUGGGUGACAACCGUGAUUGGAUGCCCCAUUGGGACCACAAUCAUCUUUCUUGGUCCUUUGGUCUCGCUGUGGUGGGUGUUGUAGCAGAAUUUGUUGCAGCUGUUCUCUUCUGGGUUGAGUACCGCAUCCAGAAGCGAAAGGAGUCCUAUCGCCAAAGCCAUGAAGUUUUCACAUUAGAAGGGAGAACCAAGAAUUAAGAAGCCUCUCAGUGCCUAGUUAAAUAUUGCCAAGGAACACACACUGCAGUCUGUCUGCAUAUCCCCUUUCCCAGUACUUGACUCAGAAGGAAGGGAAGGUACAUUUCCUGUCCAUCAAUCUAAGAAGUAUUUCUCAGAAUAAUAUUAGAAGACAGGAUUUGUUCUUUGGUAAACUGGAGUACAUUUCAGGGAAGAGAGCUUGGAAAGGUCAGGAAGAGAGAUGCCACAGCCAACACACAUACAGUGUUCUCUUUGGAAGUGACUAGGAAGAGUAAGUCUGGGUUUUAUAGUAAUUGAGACUGUGCAUUGCAAAGAAUUUGGUAGUACUCUGUUAAAGUUCUAUGCUCAAUUUAGUUCAGUUAAAACCACUGUUAAAUUUUCACUAAGGUUUGGCAUUUUUUUUUUCUUUCCCCUCCUCCUCCUCCAUAUAUGUGUACUUAAUGUUUAGGGACUGCAUACCAAAGCAAUUUUCCAGUCAAUCACAGGUGAACUUGAGUGGCAAGUGGUUUUGUAGACAUUUUUCUUAACAUUUUCAUUAUUUUGUAUUGUUACAUGAUCUUGAAAGCACCACUGUUUCAGAAAAGAUGGAUUAUAUAUAUUUCUGUGCUAGACUUGCAUAAGGAGUAUGGAGUCAAGACCAGAUCUAUACAGAGAUAUUGGACUUUUUUUUUUUUUUUUUUUUAUAUAGAUGUUAGAUGUAUUUCUUUGAGCCAAUAUUUUCCUUGGCUAUCUGUCUGUCAUGUGUUUUAGCAAAGUAAGUGUCUUUGAUGAGGUUUUGUCCAGAACAUUCCAGUGGUACCUCAAAGCAACUCAUUCCGUCCAAUUUUUGGCCUUUUAAUACUGUUUGCAUUCAAUGGCUGUGUCCAUAAGAGGUUGGUUGUUCAUAAGAAAGAAUAAUUAAUGCUCUUUAUAGCUGGACUAGAAUAAACAUUUCUCCCAGAAAUGUUUGAUAAAGAUAAUAUUUAUGAUUAAUAGCAUUUCUUGUGUGUACUAGAGCUUUUUCUCAUGCUCUUUGCAUUAAAAAAGGGACAAUAUGUAUUAUCUUUGUUGCCAGCAUGUAUGUUGAACACUGAUUAGAUAUUUUUAAUAUACAAUGGAAAUUGAAAUAUUUUCUAUUUUCAUAUCACAAAGUUGUUUUUGCACAAGGAAACUUUAGUGCCAAUGAAAAUAUUUUGACUUCUGCUGCAGCCAAGAUAAAGUAUAUUUUAUACUGUUGUGAUAACAUAUCACAAAUACCAAUAAAAGUUCAAAGUUCA